AUGAAGGAUUUGUGGGGUAGCGACAAGGUGUUCCGUAAGAAGGAUGGCCGUGUGGAAUCGCUAUAUCUGAGGUUGAGGACGCGAUUGAGCAUGAGCAUUAGCUACGACAUGUUCUGGUACUGGCGAGAAGAGUUCAGCAACAUGAAGAAUCCGUACGGCGAUGAAGUAACUCUUUCACACGAGAAUGUCCAACAGAACCCACCUCAAUACCCAUCCCAACAACAACAGCACCCACAGCAGCACCAGCAGCAACUUCCGGAUCCAUCGAUGAGACAGCAACAACUCCCGGUGACCAAAUUCGACCCCAGCUUGGUGAAUCCUCAGAUGCAACAAGACCCGUCCGUAAUGAGCUUCGAUGCCUGGGAAGGUCCAGACUAUGGAGUGCCGCCAAUGCUUGAUCAAUUUCCCGAUUACGACUGGGCGGCCGGAUUUGAGUUCUCGAAUGCGGAAAUGCCCAAUGUGCCGGUUGGUCCUAUGAAUCCUAUGAUGACAGCACCAGGGCCUGGAGGCGCACCGAACAUGGGAUACACCUACGGUUAG